CGUUGCCCUGUAUCCCCACCAGAAAAAUAUUGUUGUUUACGCUGCGGCGGCGCACUAACAACGUCGACGAGAUAGCAGGACGUUAUAUUCAAACGCGAAAAACGCUAGAAAAGUGGAAACCCGCGCUUUUUAUUGUUUCGUUUCCGUGUCCAGCCGAACACGCUCCGCCGACGUCCGGUCGAUCGUUUUGGUUUGUUUUUUUCGACAACACCGCCGCAGAAAAUCUUCCCGGGCCGAGUUUCGCUGUUUUUUGUUCACCUGCGCGUUUUCAAAUCUUGCGAGUUGUGACCAUCCCAGCCGGGCCGUCACGGUUGGAACUGCAACUGUUGUUCUCAAGUGAUACACCAUGGACGACUUUACAGAGCGCAUGUUGGAAAGGACACAAAGGCGUCAAGAACUACUUGCAUCCACAUUGUCCCAGGUAUCUCAACCAGUACUACCGCCUUCAUCAAGCAUUAUGGAACCCUCACCAGCAAUUCAGCAAUCACUUUCACCACCUUCACGUCGUCAACGACGUACUCGCCUCGCUGAACUUGCCAGCCAGGUGGAUCAAUGGUUGUCAGAUGAUCAGGACUUUAAACAAAAUGAAAAUAUUUCCAAUCCCACGAAGACAGUGCAAAGUAACGAAAGCCAAAAUGAAUCUAAAAAAUUGAUAAUUGUGUCUCCACAACAUACUAUUACAAAAGAUAUAAUUAAGACUAAUGAGAAUAAAUCAGCUGGUAUACAGCAACCAAAAUCACUGCAGUAUAGUAAUAAACUGAGGCAAUUACGCCAGCAGCAGCAGUCAGAUAAUGAAUCUCUGCCUCAAAAACAUUCACCAAAUCCCACAGCUACUACAUUGACAGUUGCACAACGUCGAGCAUUAUUUGAGCCAAACAAUGCUACUCAACAGCAGAGUAAAAAACCAAUUACCACUACUACUGUAACCAUAUCUCUGACCAAAACUACUCCUGCCACUGUCGUUACUAAAACUCCAACAACUGUUGACAAUGAAGCAACUGAAGAAUCUGUAGUAGAUGUUAUUAAAACGCCACCACGUCCUAUUCCUUGUAGUGCAUCUACUCCACCUUCAAGACGUGGCACUAGACCUAGGACAAGCUUUGGUGCUGCCGCAGCCUCAAAUAAUUUCACUGAACCGCAACGCUCUGUAUGGACUCCACCGUGUAUAAAAAAUGUUCUUCUAAAAAAGAAAUUGAUCAACGAACUGGAAGACGAUGAAAAAAUGCCUGAUAAUAGCUCAAAAGACACAGUGGGAAAGAGAAGUCCUUUUGAUAAAUAUAAUCCAGGUUGUAUAAAAUACAAGCCAGCUUCACCAUCUUCCAAUUUAUAUCCAGAUCUUUCUUUGAUAGCAAAUGAUGACCAUGAAAUCGAAACUUCAAUGACUCCAUUGGAGGUCCAAUCUAUGGCAUGCAAAAGACGCAGCAAUGGAAGCAGUGCUUUAAACACUUCUACUGCAUCUUCUGAAUCUGUACCUGAAGAAAGCGAUGAUGCUGAUAUUUUGGGUGCUAAACGCUAUCGGUGUCAGCAGAAAGAAAACAACCCAGACACAAUUGACGUAACUGCACUUCAAGAGGAAACUACUCAAUCCACUCCUGUUACAGGGUUUAAUACUACCCCUGGUGGCGGCCAUUGCUCUAUGCUAUCAAGCCAUGCAGGUAGUCCACUGUCUCAGGCUUGUUCUAGUUUUAUAUUCCAGCGUGGCAAUGAAAGUCUUUAUGGUAACAAAAGUUUUUCUACCUCAUUGGAGCAAAGACAAGGUUUAGAAGAUCAGCAAUUCAAUGUACGGGCCAAUCAAUUACCUGAAUCACGGCUCAUUGACAAAUACUUUGAGUUUGUGAACUCUGAUGGAGAAGAAGAAGCAGCGGAACUUAUUCCCAAUAAUGUCUUAUCGCCUGAUCGGUUAGGUCCUCGUGGCCGACUCCAGUUUGACAACAGCAAACAUAUUGUUGACAAUGUUGAACAUAACAAUAGCAGUGGGAGCAGCAGCAGUAGCAAUAGUGUUAAGCCAGCACUUGUACACACAGUUAGCACAUACCGUAAACAACAGCAACAGCUCCGAUUAAAUGGCGCAAAUUCUUCUAGCAAGCAACAAAUGAGAAUUCCAGAACGUGUAAAUGAAGAGCAGGAUGAAGAUACCGACGAAGAAGAGAUGCAUUUACAAGAGCUAGAAAAAGUAGCAGCACGGGCUAGAGACUUAGAACGAACGGUAGUGCCAGAGCAAGACCGCAUUAUUGAACAAGCCACCCAAGCUUUGAAUAUUUGCGAUGUAUACAGGCAAAAAAAUACCCUUCGCCCAGUGAUUUCUCAUCAAUUUUCCCCAGAGCAUGUUCAUGCUGAACGACUUUUGUUGAUAGCAGGCUUGAGACGAACAGACGCAGUUCGUGAGGCACAACGGCUUCGGGUUGAGCGCACAUUGUUACCAGGUGGCAUCAUGGGGGAAAGGUCCACUUACUUAAACACUCAUGGUGAUGGAAAGACUCUUGUUAUUCAGAGUCUGCGUGUUCCCAUAUUGUCAUCCUUAAACAGUGGUGGAAACCACAAUAAGAUUAAACAUAAUUCAGGCGAAGGAUUAGAAAACCUUACCAGAUGGCCUGGAGGGUAUAGGUAUUUUGUGUGUGCCAUCCGAGCCGUGGCUACGGUUCACCGGCCUCCAGUGACUGCUGCUUCCCGACCGGCUGAUGCGGUUGAAGAAUUAGUGCUCCGAUUCUCCAAUGAUGCUGCCACCUGUCAGAACAAGGAUGAAAUAAAUUAUGGAUAUGUUGAAUUCAUUACUAAAAAAAGAGUCAAAAACUCUGGUAGCCGAAAGUGUGCAGGUCCAACCGAAGCGGAGGGUGCUCCUAUAAUGAUCCAUGGAUUAGAUGACAGAGGAUGGAAAAUCACAGUUGAGCUAUAUGGUGUAUCCCCAACGGGUAUUGGGGAGAAUGACCUUCACAAUGGCGGUAAUAAUGUCAAGGAACACGAUACCCACGAAAAUAGGAGUGUAUUGGACAAGUUAUGGUCUACAGUCACUACCCCCAGUAAGGAAUCCAAAAAACACCAUGGCUCAACUGCAACAACCUGUAUUGAAUCACCAGGUGGACCAAUGGCUGUACGAAACACAGUAUUCCGACAACUUGGUUACUUUGUAUUUUCUGAUGGCCAGGUGGACCGCAAGCAGUUUACUUUGAAUAAGGUGCAUCAAUCUGGUUCAAGCAGUUCAAGGGCUACUUCAAAUGCUGCUGCAGAAGAAACGGUGCGCGUCCGCAUGUGCCUUCUGGAGGAAGGAGAGCAAUAUGAAGAUGACUUAGGUGGUAUACAUUUGGACAACAAAUCUUCGGAAACAAAUACAUAUGCCUCUGGUGGUAGUAAGGCAGUUCGGGCACAAAAAACACUGACAUUUCCAUCUGAGUGUAAACGAUUGGAAGGAUUUUUAACACUUUUUGACGAUCAUGAGUUGCGUUCACACAAUUUUGUAAGGGAGUCUCAGUGGCAACGUCGUGCGGACAUUGGUAGUGGGCCAAAAGGUGGCACCACUUCUUGGCGUCGUCUUUGGUUUCGGGCUGAAAUAAUUGAUGGAAAUCAACAAAAAUCUAUUAAUAUCAAUGAUGAAUCACAAGAACAGCAAAAUGACAACAAUUUAAAGCAGCAAACUAUAGUGUUGCGUUAUUGGAUGUACCCUGAGUAUGCUGAACAAGAACGAGAGCCAUUAGGUAGUAUAGACUUGAACUGCUGUCUACCGACACCGCCACUUGAGGAGAAAGUUACAACUACUAUCUCAGGUCAGCAGCAAAAACAUAAGCAGAAGCCAAUCCCUGCAGCUCCUGCACUUCCAGACCUAUGCACCCGACCAAACACUCUGCGUUUGAUUUUGUAUAAUGCUGGUGCUGCAUGUGAUAGCAUCAAUAGUGAAAAUAAUGAUGAUGACAAAACUCAUGAAGUACUGCUACUUGCUGCUGAUACAGCAGAUGAAAGGCGUGAAUGGUGUGAAACGGUAAAUGCAGCAGUGAAUGCUAUUAAUGAGCACCGUGAACAGAUCAGGUUAGUUUUGGCUACUCAAUUGAAGAAUAAACAAUACAAUAAUGAAAAGGAACAACAACAACUCCGACAUCAAAUUGAACAACGUACUGGUGCUUGGCCGACUACGCCAGGUGGUACACGCCAAUAUAGCAGUAAAAAAAAGAAGUUCUACAAAUAAUCGAUAACUUCAAAAUGUAUACCUCAAAUUUUUUAUAGCUCAUUUUAUUUGAGGUAUCUUAUUAUUCAUUAUAUAUUAUUAUUAUUAUUAUUAUUAUUAUUAUUAUUAUUA